AUGCAAGUCGUCGUCAGCGCCUCCCCCUCAUCUUCUAAAAAUUCCUUUGAGGAGAUUAAUGAGAAUGGUAGUUUACAUAACUCUCAAACAAAGCAAAUAAAGGAUUCUCCAAAUCAGAAAGUUAGUACUGUGCUGCUAAGCCCUGUAAAGAUCGAUUUGAAUGAUCAAGUCUCGUUAAAAGUGGCAACCUAUCAUAAUCCGUCCAAUGAAAAUAGUCCUCUUUCUAGUACACAAGCACCUCGUCAGUCGCCUAUGAAAUUAGAUUUAGAAGACGGUCUCUUUAUUAUUGGGUGUGGAAUUCAGCAGCAGCGACCUAUCCAUCCUGCUCCUUCCACACGUAAAAUAGCGGUAACAACAGCGAAGAAAUUCCCUCCCAAAAAGGUGUCUGGGGGCCAAACAGUAAAAUCGAAGGAAAAACCCUUCACCAUAACACCCCCAAAUAGGGCCCCGGAAUUAAAAAAGAAGGAAAAAGACGUCGCAGGGGAAAUUCCGAUAAAAAAGGGGUUUCAUCUUUCACCUUUGUGGUUGAAUAAUCAGGACUCAUCGUUAACUUUACCUCUUUUAUCGUUGCGUAUGCGAACACGUCUUUCGGGGAUUGUAUGGCGUGUAUGGCAGGCACUGCGAAAAUGGCAGCUUGAUAGGGUGCUGCUUCGUAAUUUCCAUGAGGACUGGAGAUGGAAUACAAUUCCUUCUCCCGCCGGUGUGGAGCUUUUGAAGAAUUUUGGGCUCUAUUUUUACGUUGAAGACUCCGCGGGGAUCGAACUAAAUAAAGAUACCGAUAAAGGUCAAACCUCGAAGUCGGUCCAAAAUCAUAUUUCAGGACAAAAGUCUUUCAAAGGGAAUAACAUAUCUCCUAAUGACCAUUCAUCGAAGCUUGAUUCACGUUCACUAAUUCAGGGUAUAAAGCCUCAUACGUUCAAGCGAUUAGAGUGUGAUGAGGAUUGGUCCGCCGUGAUGGAGCUCUGGAAAAAUAAGUACUCCGCAAGGCCAUUUAUGCGACUUUAUUUGCUUAUUCCUAACGAGUUAUACACCGCCGUUAAUGAUGUACUACGACGUAUGAGCCUAGUUGAGGACGGUGUGGGAAAGAAAACUGAAAAUCAACAUUAG